CAAGUCCACUUCCAUCUCAAUGGCUACCGUUGCACUUCGUGUCGAGGUUCCGACCUACGGAAAGUCCUUCAAUGUCAGCGUGCCCGCGAGUGCAACGAUUCUCGAUGUCAAGCGCGAGAUAGAGUCUACCUGCGCUGGCCGUCCAACCGUAUCGGGACAGCGCCUCAUCUGGAGAGGUCGCUACCUUUCAGACAGUGAACAGGUGGAGGAUAUUCAUAAGGCUUCGGACGGACACUGCGUCAUGCAUCUGUCCGUGCAUCCUUCGGCCUGGGCUGCGGGACCACCAACUUCGGCAAAGCCAUCAUCUACCCCAACAUCGUCUUCCGAUACAUUACUUCGGACAAACCACUCGCUGCCACCAUCGAACUUUUACAUCCCUAAUGCUAAUCCUUUUCCCACAGCUCCCCCUCGUAGCCAGUCCGCUUCAUACAUUUCCUCCAAACACCGGCAUGCUCUCGCUGUUCUCAUGGGCCAGGUUGAAACGAGACCUGAUCAAACAGAAGAGGCUCAUGCUACUGCUAAGAGGACUGUUGAGAGCCAUGGCUACAUCUGGCCGUCUAUUUUGGAUGAAGAAUACCCGGCGGUGAGCCCUAAGUCUGCGGAAGGACUCAUUUACGAUACAGUUACCGUCGAGUCGCGCUCGUAUCUACGACUGCGUAACCCCAACGCACAACCUACGCUGCGGCAAAUACAUGCGCUGAAGGUCUUAACCUACACAUUCUUCCUCUGCACACUCCCUCCACCUCCAACUGCCUCAUUCACUGUUCCACCGGCCUUAGAGUCUGUACCCGCGCCGCACGUAAACGAGCUUCUUGCUCAAAUGGGCUUCCCGCCACUUCGUGUGGGCGGUCCGAAUGUCAAUGGUGCUGCCCUCCACGGCCAUCUCCCCGAUGCCGACGGUCAGGGUAUAAUGGCAGACAUACCAGUUCGCGCAUUGCUCGCUCCUCUCUUUAUGGUCUUGCUUCGAACUGUCUUGCUGCUUUACUUCUUUAGCCCCACGAGCAAGCCGAUCUUCGGGGUCUUGAUUGCCGCCUGGAUCUUUUAUGAAGUAUACACGCACGUCAGGAUCGUUGUGUUGCGCCCGCUUGAAGAUGCUGCCAAUCAACGGCAGCAACGCGCCGCCGGCAAUGAACAGGCAAACCAAGGACGUGGUGGCCCAGGUUUGGGCAUGGACAAUGGUGCACAACCCCAGCCAGGCAAUGGUCAAGUAACUCCAGGUGUCAAUGUUCGGAAUGAUACACAAAGGCCGGAAUCGCAGCGAUCGCCGCCACCUCCCAUCCCUGAAUCCACUGGCAUCCUCGAUACCCUAGCGUUCACAAGAAUUGCCAGCGAGAACACCCUUUUGUUCGCGCCACCUGGGCAUCCGCCGCAGCCUCCAACAUGGACUGAGAAGGCCACAACUUUCGCGUCGCUCUUUGUCACAUCUUUGCAUCCUGGUGUUUGGAACAGGCGGCGACGAGUACUACGGGAGCGCGAGGGCCGGAUACGAAUGGAGAUGAACACUAUUGAGCGUGAAGAGCAGCAGGAGGAAGGUGGCGAGGCCGACUGGAGGGCUCAGGCGCGAAACUCAAUUUUGGCCGCCCAUUCGCGCCGGCCUGCAUGGGUGAAAGAUUAUGUCGUGCGUGCGAGGGCCGGAGAGUGGGUAGAAGAGUAAAUUAUCAUAUAGAUUGGCACCAGGGAACGGAUUCAUGACAUUGUAACUUCUUGGCAUUAUUAAUCAUGGUAAAGC